AUGGAUGGCUUGCCACGGAAUCUACUUUCAAUCCCGAAGAUUGUGGAUAGUGGAUUCGACGUGUUGCUUAGCAAGCAUAAUGGUUCUAUUGCCAACCGUAAAAAUGGUAAUGUUGUUUUGAACUUUCCAAGAGUUGGACCGUUCUGGGAAUUGAGCGUUAAAGCUGAUUCCGCCGAAGAGAUGGCCUUUAAUGUCGAUAGUUACGAGGGCUUAAAGGCUAUCAAAGAAGUGCAUGAAAGUAACAAUCAUGCGAAGUUGAGAACCAUGAAAGAGUUAUUGAAAGGCCAUGGUGUUUUAGAAGCUGAUAUUAAGUAUGUUUUGACCAGUUGUGAAACGUGUAUGUCCAAAGUCACCAAGCCGGGCGGUAAACCAGCUGUGCGAAAGUACAACGUUGGUGAGAUGAUUCAGGCUGAUGUUAUAGGUCCGAUAAACAAAGCUUAUGCCCUUAUUGUGUCAGACAGGGCCUCUAAGUUUGUUGCUCACAGGGUGCUUAAAUCAAGAGCUGAAGUGUCAGCCAAGACCAUUGAGUGUUUAGGAAUGUUCCAUAAUUUCCUUAAACAAGCUGAUUCAAACAAAAACAUUGUCAUGUUCCGUGCAGACAAUGAGUUUGAUACCAAUGCAAUUAAGAACUGGUUAGAUGGUAGCCCAUCGAGUGGUAGAAAUUUCAUUGAUUUCGAACCGACAGCCCCACAUUCGUCUCAUCAGAAUGUCAAAGCUCCUUUUGGAUGUCGUGUCUUUAUCAAAGAUUAUCACAGACAAAGCAAGUUUGAUCCUAUCCAAGAAGAAGCUGGUGUGUUUUUGGGAUAUAGCAAAACAACUAAAAUAGUUUUUGCACUCUUAAAAGAUGGUAGAGUGGUUAGAUCCAGUGCUUUCCGUUUUAUGCCAUUAGUUUAUCCUUUGAAGAAUGGUCAGGCCGCGCUCGGCGGUGCUGGUAGUGGUGGUGGUGGCAUGUUUGUUGGCGGAGGAGGUGGCCGCGUUGGCGGUGUUAGUGGUGCUUCAGGAGGUGUACAUGUUCCUGAUCGUGAUAUGUCAGUUGACUCUAUUGCUGCUUUUGAUGAAAACCUUGAAAAUGUUACUCAAGAUAGUUCAUUUUCAGGGGGGGAUGAGUCCUCUGUUGAAGAAGAAGACCAAGCUGAGCCGUUUGAUGUUGAUAUGAGUGAUGCUACUGCUUCAAAAUCCGAUGGUCAAACUACUCCUGAACAGGUUGGUGCUAAACAAGCUUCUCCAGAUCCAGUCUUCCCAGACCCAAUGCCUAGAAGGGAAUCAUCAGGCGAUGAUGAUAAUGGGCUGUCCAGUGGUAACGAUGCUGGUGUCUCUUCAAGCUCUAAUUUUCCUUCCAACUAUUAUGGAAGUGAGGCAAGUGAUACUGAUGAUAGCCAAGCUAAACGGUUUUCCACGUUUGGACACAAAAUGUUCAACAAUGCUCAAGAUAGUGAAACUGAGAGGUUGUUUCCGUCUGCUACUACUGCAAUGUCAAUCACUGAGGUGUUGGUCAGACCAAACAAUGUAACCCAAGUCAUUGUUAAACCCGUCCCUAGUGAUCUUCAAGUCAAAUCUACUAGAGUUCCUGACGAGAAAACUAGAGGAACUAAACGGGUAGCUCACAGUGAAAGUGAGUCUGAUACCACAACUGGUAUGUUGUUAGAAAGCAAACCAGUAAAGAAGAUGAUUGCCGGUCCAGAGGGAAGGCUAGUCGUUAAAAAGCAUCAAGCUGUGAAAGAUCUUGUUCCAUAUGGUGGAGCCGGUAAAGGCGUUCAAAGAGUUGCUGAUUAUACUGUGCCUAGAGAUAAUCAGACAAACAAGUGGAUGGAAAAUGAUCCAACUAUUGUUUAUCAAAAGAAUCCUUCAGUGAUGUUUAAUGGCCGAAUGUUGGUUGGACCAGAACCACGGCCACUAAUAACAGAUGGCAAAGAUGUUGCUAGCACUUCAGAGGAAAUGGAACAGCCACUGUUACUAACUACAAAGGAUGGUGAAGUCUCCUUACUAGCUGAAGAAGUGUAUCUUGCUGUUGAAAGAACCAAGUAUGAAAUCCCAAACAAUUACAGCCAAGUUUUAGCUAGUGAGCAGAAAGUGAAAUGGCUAGUUGCUAUUUUAAAUGAGCUCACUGCCUUAAAAAUCAACAAAGUAUACGAAGAGGUUGAUUAUGUCGAAGGCAUGAAGACUGUAAAUUCCAGAUGGGUCUUCAGUGUUAAAGCCAAAGCCAGUGAAGAAGUAUUCAAAGCUCGUUUGGUGUGUAAAGGUUUUUCACAAGAAAGGGGAGUGAACUACUUAGAUUACUGGGCCCCGGUUGCUAGUUUCGACACUGUUAGAUUUGUGUUGUCGAUUGCUGCCGCAAAGAAUUGGUCCAUGGUACAGCUAGAUGCAACAACUGCUUUCUUAAAUGGUGAUAUUGACUACUCAAUAUAUGUUAAGCCUCCAGCUGGAACUGAGACCCCAGCUGGUAAAGUGUGGAAACUCAGGAAGAGUUUGUAUGGUCUCAAACAAAGUCCAGCCAUCUGGUACGAUAAGUUGGCUGGCGUGCUAAAGUCUGCGGACUUGAAGGUGUCCAAUAUUGAUCCAUGUCUUUUCUAUGACAAAGGGAUCAUGGUGUUGGUGUAUGUUGAUGAUAUGUUGGUGUUUGGUGAAAACGAGAAGAAGGUGAAGGAGAUUAAGGAGGUAUUGCGUUCAAAGUUCAAGAUGAAAGAACUUGACGGAAAGAUGUUCUUGGGUGUGACAAUCCAGAGAGACGAUGCUACUGGUACGAUGAAAAUCAGUAUGAAAGAUUUCAUCGAGAAGGUUGAAAAGGAGUUGAACAUUCAGAAAUUAACUCCAAUGAGAGCUCCUAUGGUUAAAGGGUAUAAUCCACACGAUGUUGCUAGUCCUUUCUUAGAUGAGGAAGAACAAUCAAAGUAUAGAAGUCUCAUUGGUACACUCCUCUAUAUUGUUAACACAGUAAGAGUUGAUAUUUGCUUUCCUGUUAACAUGUUAAGUCAGUUCAUGUCUGCCCCAAGAAAGACCCAUCUUCACGCUGCUCAAAAGGUUUUCCAAUACUUGAUGUUCACUAAGGAUCAAGGUGUUGUGUAUGGGCCUAAUGCUCCCCUUAAUAUUGAGUAUCAAGACUUUAGGUUAAUAGAUAGAACCAAAGAGAAUAAACCAGUUAUAACCCAAGAUUAUCCUAAAGAGACGGGUUACCGUAUCACUGCCAUUAGUGAUUCAGAUUAUGCCACUGAUAAAGAGGAUAGAAAGUCCCAGGGAGGUCAUUGCCUCUCGCAAACAGAAGAGCGUCGCUUUGAGUACUGCUGA